AUGUCAACAAAGCGCAUCUCACCCUUCCACAAGCGCGCGAGGAGCGGUGCAAUGCUCAUGGACCGCGAUGUGAAGCUACUGUAUCGCCAGCGCGGCAGCGCGCUGCGUCGGACCGGACAGAGCAUUGUCAUUUCGCAGGCCAAGCGGCCGAAGCACAGUGGGCGGGCGGUGCGCGAGCGCGAGCGCGACGUCGCAGCUGCUCCGGGGCCUGCCGUGGGCGAGCAGCCGUCGAGUCCGCCGCCGCUGAUAUCAGACGGCUUCCUGGGAUCACCUGCACACGAGCUGACGCGCGAACCCACGCAAUUGCCGCACUCGCCGCCCGCGCCGCUGUCGCCGUCCCCGCUCGUGCCGCUGCCCGCGCUCGAUGCGGACCUGGACGCGGACCUCGGCGCAGGCCUCGACGAGGACUUGAACGCCGACCUCGGCGCGAGCCCCGGCGUGGCGGGCCACGCCGAGGCGGCUCCCCUGCUGCCAGCGCCGCAGUUCUCAUUUUCGGACGUGCCGCUGUCACGCCUGCACUCAAACACCGUCUCUUUGUCCUCCAUCGAAGUCGUUGCGUCGCUUAUAAACUCGCUGUUCGAAGAGCAGCUCGUACCGCAGUGCUUCGCGGAGUUCGACACCGCGGCCACUCCCGAGGACAGACUCAUGCACAAGCUCGACAUCAAACUCUACUCCACCUUCGUGCAGGCCGUCUUGGCGGACCUGCGCGAUCUGCUGGACAUCAACGUUUCAAACAACGAGCUGCUGACGCAGCUCAAACAGACUAUUAAGCGCAAGAGCGCGCUCACACAGACUUUGCUCGAUGUGCGGCACGAAACCGCGGACUGGGAGGCAAACGCCGGCGCCGACGAGCAGCUCGAAGAGCUGCGGCAGAAGUCCGCCGUCAACGCGAAGCUCCAGGCGCUCGCCCAGGACGUUCGCACCGCUAGCGCCGAUGCGUCUGCUCCCCCAGAUGCAGACCAUGCCCUCGACGACCUCACGGCCGUGCUCGACCCCUACAACGGCGUUCUGGCGCAACUACAAACCUUCAACCAAUCCCUCGAAAAGCUGUUGGAAUAA